AUGACCGUCAAUAAGUACUCAGUGAUAUUGCCCACGUACAAUGAGAAGAGAAACCUACCAAUUCUCAUCUACUUAUUGAACAAAACAUUCAAAGAAAAUAAUUUGGCAUGGGAAGUUAUCAUUGUUGAUGAUAACUCCCCUGACGGGACACAAGAGAUUGCCAAAAAACUAAUUGACAUUUACGGAUCGGAGCACAUUUUAUUACGCCCAAGAGCCGGAAAAUUAGGGUUGGGAACUGCUUAUGUUCAUGGGUUGCAAUAUGUGACAGGCAAUUUUGUGAUUAUAAUGGAUGCAGAUUUCAGCCAUCACCCAGAGGCUAUACCCGAGUUUAUUGCCAAACAAAAGACUGAAGACUACGAUAUUGUUACAGGUACAAGGUAUGCAGGUGAUGGGGGUGUUUACGGAUGGGAUUUCAAAAGAAAAUUGAUCUCUAGAGGUGCCAAUUUCUUAGCUACGGUUGUUUUGAAUCCACGUGUGAGUGAUUUAACUGGAAGUUUCAGAUUGUACAAGACUAAUGUGUUGAGGAAAAUCAUUGAUGUGACUCAGUCAAAGGGCUAUGUUUUCCAAAUGGAAAUGAUGGUGAGAGCUAGAAGUUUGGGGUUCACAGUAGGCGAAGUGCCAAUUAGUUUUGUAGAUAGGUUAUAUGGAGAGAGUAAAUUGGGAGGAGACGAGAUAGUUCAGUACGCAAAGGGUAGAGGAGUAAUGGCUAAGGACACAUAUUUGAGGAAAGUGCUUGGAGAGAAAUGCUUUGAUAAAGUGAGACAUGCCAAAGUGUUGUUGGUUGGUGCUGGAGGUAUUGGCUGUGAGCUAUUGAAAAAUUUAGUUUUAACAGGGUACAAUGAAAUUCAUGUAGUCGAUUUGGAUACCAUCACACUUUCUAAUUUGAAUCGGCAAUUUUUGUUUAGAAAGAGUGACAUUGACAAGUCAAAGUCAUUGACUGUUGUGAAAGCCGUUGAAUCGUUUAAUUACUUUGACUCUGAGCUUGUUCCACAUCAUGGGAAUAUUAUGGAUACUAGACAAUUUCCAUUACAAUGGUGGGAACAGUUUACAUAUAUCUUCAAUGCCUUGGACAACGUAGAAGCAAGACAUUAUGUGAAUAAGAUCUGUCUCUUUUUGAGAAAACCAUUAAUGGAAAGCGGGACAGAAGGUUAUGGGGGCCAAAUAAAUCCAAUAUUCCCCUAUUACAGUGAAUGCUUUGAUUGUCAAAAGCAUAUAUCUCCCAAGACAUAUCCUGUGUGCACGAUUAGGUCUACGCCCUCGCAGCCUGUUCAUUGUAUUACAUGGGCCAAAGAAUUCUUGUUUCGGCAGUUAUUUGACGAAGCGGAUGAAGCUAGUUCUUUGAAUGAUGCAGAUGCAAUAGCGAAUGAAGCGGAAAACAAGGAAGAGAUUGAAAACUUGACGAAAGAAGCGAACGAGUUGGCAGAAUUACGCAGGAUGAUAUACGAUAACGAGAAGGAACAGUUUACUGAAGAGAUGAUACGCAAUAUAUUUACCGUUGACAUUGAGCGGUUGUUAUUGAUUGAGGAUCUUUGGAAAACACGACUGAAACCUACUCCGCUUGACUUUGAUACAUACCAGAAAGAAUUGAAGCUGAAACUAUCAGAUAAUGCGAAUGAUUCAAUUUUGAUUGCAGAGACUAAGAACUGGUCAGUGCUUGAGAAUUUAUAUGCCUUGUGCAAAUCAAGCGAACGUUUGCAAACAAGACUAAAACUGGGAAAAGAACAUUUUAUAUCCUUUGAUAAGGAUGAUGACGAUGCCAUGACUUUUGUUGCAGCAGCUUCUAAUUUGAGAUCGCAUAUUUUCCAUAUUAGCACCAAGUCCAAAUUCGACAUUAAGGAAAUUGCGGGAAAUAUCAUUCCAGCCAUUGCAACAACCAAUGCAAUUGUUGCUGGGUUUGCAAGCGCUACGGGCACUCAGUAUUUCUCCUACAAUGUCAAGAACAGUGAUUUUAGUGAGGUUUUUGAAAAAAUCUAUACAAUGUCAAUUUGUUUAAGACCGCAGCAGUAUGUAAUAUCGGCAUCCCUCUCAGGCCCGUAUGAGAAAUGCGUUAGCGAUGUUCUCGUUUCAAGAGGUAUCCUACAUAUAAGGGAGCAAGACUUUGAGAACUUGACACUUGGUUGGCUCAUAGACAAGUUAGUAGAUUCAUAUGGUUAUUCUAGGGACUUUAUUUCAAUACAAGUGGGAAGUUCUAAAUUGAUAUAUGAUGCCGAAUUUGACGAGUACUUUGACACAAGAUUAAAACAAGUGCCGGGGUUGAAAGAUCAAGUAAUAAUCUUGGUUCAGGAUGAUUCGGAUGAGUUGGAAGGUGUUGAGCUUUACUUAAUUGUUGAGGAGGAAACUGAGACAAGCCUACCAGUACUAAAAAUAGGACGUAAUAAGUUGGAUAAAGUUUCUGAAAACGACCAAGAGUCUGAAGACGAUGACGAUAUAGAAAUUAUUGGAUUUCAAGAUGAAGAGACAGAUUCAGAUAUUGAGAUUUUGAAUGACGUAGAGGAGAAGAGAGCUGUGUUAUACUCUAAAGCAGGCGAUUCAUUAUGGGCACAAUCAGGAUCAUUCCAAUUGCAACCAGAUGAGAUUUUGGCAAUUGCUAAAGGGUUCGAUGAUGCAUCAGAUUUACAGAGCCACGGUUUACACGCUCAAGGUCAAAAGUAUUUCUUAUUGAGAAAUGACGAUAGAUCGAUAUAUGGGAAACAUGAAGCUGAAGGUUUGAUUUGUGUCAGAACUAAGCAGACCAUAUUAGUAGCUCAUUAUCCAAGCGGAAUCCAACCCGGUGAAGCAACCACUAUUGUUGAAAAAUUAGCAGAUUAUUUGAUUAGUGUUGGUUAUUGA